AUGAAAAGCUCUACCGUCAUGAAGGCAGCCUCGCUGCUGUCCCCUCUCUUUGCUUCUACUGCCUUCGCUCAGGACAAAUACACAGAUUCCAAGACAGGCAUUGAAUUCUGGCGCCAAGUUGUGGGCACCGAACAGACUGCUGGCGGCUUUGAAUGGGGUUAUGCUCUGCCGGGAGCAGCUACUGCAACGAACGAUGAGUACAUUGGUUACAUCAAAGGAUCGCUCGAGUCUGGUAGGCAGGGAUGGUCUGGUGUCAGUCACGCAGGGGGUAUGCCCAAUUCGCUCCUUUUAGUCGCUUGGCCCGAGAAAGAUGCCGUGAAGACCAAGUUUGUCUACGCAGGUGGUUAUGUUGCCCCAGAUGACUACACCGGUAACGCGACAAUCACGCAAAUUUCCCAUACUGUCACCGACACCAGCUUCGAGCUCAUCUACCGAUGCCAGUGGUGCUGGGUAUGGAACCAGAAAGGUGCUGAAGGCUCUCAGCUUCCGACUUCAGAGGUUCAGGUCAUCGGUUGGGCUCAGCACAGCAAGGUCUUCGAUGGCACAUGGGUGUUCCACGACAAAGGUCAGUCUCAGUUUGGUGCGCGCGUCGCAGAUGCACGCAACGCCAAAUACGAUACCUGGGCCAAGCUUGCUACUCCUCCGACCACCACUUCCGCCCCUGCAAGCUCCACCACGCCUACACCCACUGCGCCAAUUUCCUGUGUAGGCUCUCCCGUCCCCACUGACUCCUACGACUAUAUCGUCAUCGGUGGCGGUGCUGGUGGUAUUCCAGUUGCGGACAAGCUCUCGGAAUCAGGCAAGAGCGUCCUCUUGAUCGAAAAAGGCCCACCUUCGUUGGCCCGCUUUGGUGGUAACAUGGGCCCAGAAUGGGCCACAAGCAACAACCUUACCCGGUUUGACAUCCCGGGUCUCUGCAACCAAAUCUGGGUUGACUCCGCAGGCGUAGCCUGCACCGAUAUUGACCAGAUGGCCGGAUGCGUCCUCGGUGGAGGUGCUGCCGUCAAUGCUGCACUGUGGUGGAAGCCUGUAGACAUCGACUGGGACUACAACUUCCCGUCUGGGUGGAAGUCAUCCGAUGUGAAGGGUGCCGUCGACCGAGUCUUCAAACGUAUUCCCGGCACUGACACCCCCUCUGUGGACGGAAAGCGCUACAAGCAGGAAGGUUUCGAUGUGCUUUCUGGAGCACUUGGCGCCGAUGGCUGGAAGUCUGUUGUGGCAAACGACGCGCCCAACUCGAAGAACCGCGUGUACUCGCACUCGCCAUUCAUGUACGAGAAUGGACAGAGGCAGGGACCUCUGGGCGCCUACCUCCCCACUGCUCUAGCAAGGAAGAACUUCAAGCUCUUGACAAACACCAUGGCGCGCCGUGUUGUCCGUACCGGAGGAAAGGCUACCGGUGUUGAGCUCGAAAGUGGUUACUGUGGCACUGUCAACCUCAAUCCCGGUGGUCGUGUUGUUCUGUCCGCCGGUGCUUUCGGCUCUUCUAAGCUUCUGUUCCGGAGCGGUAUCGGUCCCAAAGAUCAGCUUAGUGUUGUCAAGAACAGCGCCCUCGAUGGCUCGACCAUGAUUAAAGAGGCUGACUGGAUCAACCUGCCUGUCGGUCAGAACUUGGACGAUCACACCAAUACUGAUCUUGUCAUCAGGCAUCCUAACGUGUCUUCCUAUGAUUUCUACGCGGCUUGGAAAGCACCCAUUGAGUCUGAUAAGACCGCAUACCUCAGCAAGCGUUCUGGUAUCCUUGCUCAGUCUGCUCCCAACAUUGGUCCCCUUGCUUGGGAAGUGGUCAAGGGUUCCGACGGUAUCGAUCGUCAGCUCCAGUGGACUGCCCGUGUCGAAGGACCCGGUGCCAAUGACACAACUUCCAUGACUAUUAGCCAAUAUCUUGGUAGAGGAAGUACAUCGCGAGGUGCUCUAUCCAUCAAUGGCGCGCUUGGCAUGGUCGUGAGCAAAGCACCAUAUCUCCAAAACGAUGCCGACACCAGCGCCGUCAUUGCUGGUAUCAAGAGCAUGAUGGCUGCCAUUAAGAAGAACCCUCUCAUCGAAUUCCAGGUUCCCUCCGCCAACCAGACUGUCGAGCAGUAUGUUGCCAGUCUCCCGAAGACCGCAGCGAAGCGCCGUGCCAACCACUGGAUUGGUACAGCCAAGAUUGGAACGGACAGUGGUCUUACCGGUGGAACCGCCGUUGUCGAUCUGAACACCCAGGUAUACGGCACGGACAACAUCCACGUUGUCGAUGCUUCAAUUUUCCCUGGUCAUAUCACUACCAACCCAACUUCAUACAUUGUCACCAUUGCGGAGCAUGCAGCGGCCAAAAUCCUCGCGCUCGCUAGUUCAGGUGGUAAGCCUACGUCGUCUGCAGGCCCAAUUCAGUCUUCAGCUAAGUCAAUGUCGGCAAAGCCGUCUAAUACUCCAGCUCCAUCAAAGGCCGUAACGUCGGCUAGCCCAGCCACACCAACCUCGAAGCCAGCUGAAGCAUGGAAUCAGUGUGGAGGUACCGGAUACACCGGACCUACAACUUGUGUGACCGGAUACAAGUGCGUGGUCAACAACUCGUACUACUCACAAUGCGUUCCCAACUGAGCGCAUGAUGUGGGAGCAUGUGGUGACUCUUCAGAGCAAAAACUACUUUCUUCUGUACAUACUUUUUAGACUCGUUUGAGAUGAACAUAUCUUCACUUUUGCCCCGGAUAUGAUGCAUUGACUUUUCGGGGUUUCGCCAUGC